GGAUUGCAUUCACUCUCUUCGCAGCCAUCAUCUGGUCAUCACUUAAACUCGUCGACUAUGAAUCAAAUGAAUCGACAGCACUCUCAGCACUCGCAACAACACUCACAGCGCACUGAUUACUACGGGUCGAUGCCUCGAGGCCUUGGGCUCGACUACCCGUCCAAACCAUACCAACAGCACAGUCAACACAAUACUCCCCUUCAAUACCCAAUAUAUCCCGACGUUGUGUUCAAAUCAUUGCCUUUCUAUGAUAUAUUGGGUGAACUCCUGAAGCCCUCCAGUCUUUUGCCGACAGCGCCGGGAUCUCGAUUCCAGGAGAGUAUGUUUACAUUCCAUCUGACGCCACAACAGGCCAACGACGUGGCCAUGUCUCGGGAGGUGACCCCCGGGCCUAAAGUCGAUUACACGGUUCAGUUACAGCUCAGGUUCUGUUUGAAUGAGACCACUUGUGAACAGGACGACAACUUUCCGCCCAGUAUUUGCGUUAAAGUCAACUCUAAGAUGUGUCCGCUUCCGAAUCCAUUGCCAACCAAUAAGCCGGGAGUAGAGCCUAAGAGGCCGAGCAGACCCGUCAACAUAACCACUCUCUGCAAACUCUCGCCUACGGUUUCCAAUCAGAUAUCGAUCUCAUGGGCGGCCGAUUUCAAUCGUCCGUACGCUGUGGGCGUGUUUCUGGUCCGCAAACUCGCGUCGCAGACAUUGCUUCAGAGAAUCAAACAGAAAGGCGUUCGCAAUUCAGACCACACCAGAGCUAUGAUUAAGGAGAAGCUCUCACACGAUCCCGACUCUGAGAUCGCAACCAUGAGUUUAAGGGGUUCACUGCUUUGUCCGUUGGGAAAAAUGAGAAUUCAAAUCCCGUGUCGUGCCAUCACUUGCGCUCACGUCCAGUGUUUCGACGCUUUACUGUAUUUGCAAAUGAAUGAGAAGAAGCCGACGUGGGUCUGUCCCGUAUGCGACAAACCGGCCGUUUUUGCUCAUCUCGCUAUCGAUGGACUAUUCAAUGAGAUUAUAAGAGAAGCUCCGAAUUCGUGCAAUGAAGUGCAGUUCCAUGAGGACGGCUCCUGGACUCCAGUCGUCGCCAAAAAGGAAAGCAGUUUUGAAACGUUAGGUUCCGGUUCACGAAGAAGCAAAAAGAGGGCGUCUUCGCCCGAAAGGGUAGAACCAAAGAAACCUAAGAUCGAUGUCAUAACCAUAGACUCGAGUGAUGAGGAAGACGACGACACAAUCAAGUGCUCGUCAAACCCUCCGCCCUCCACACCAGUGCUGUCGUCGGGAUCGGGCUCUGAGUCGGACACUCCUAAUCACAUGCAAUCACUUCCAUCGCCGGACUCAUCGAGUUCUGAGUCAAGUAAUACACAAGAGAAUAAUUGCGACUCUAAUCCACUCAUCUCUUCAUACUAUUCAACAGUGAAUACAUCGGCCACUGGGGGUCAGGACUUGAGUUCGGGUGCAAACAAUAGAUCGUCUCUGCCCUCCUCUUUAAGCAUCUCAUCGAUGUCUAGUAUUGGCCGCUCGUCUGCCAGUUCUACACUCCCGGCCACCAGUGGUUACCCAAGUGUACCACUUCUUAACCAAUACUACUCUUCUUUCCCCGAUUUUCUCAAUACAGGCAACAAUUCUCUGUUCAACUAUUCAAACAUCGAUAUGUCCUCUGCUUUCGAUCAUCUCUUUAGGCAGUCUUCCGAUAGAGAGACUCAAAACUACUUGAGAGGAUUGCCAGACGAUUCCGAUCCCGACAUCAUUUCAAUCGAUUGAAUAUAUCGUUCACUUAUAUCUCAUUAAAUCAUUGCAUCAUUUAUUUGUAAAGUCAUCAAAAACUUUGAUUAUGACUUAAAAUAGUAUAUUUUGAGCCAUUUUUAAACAUCAAAUCAAACGUUAUUUUUAAUAUUUAAAGAAUAUAUUAUUCAUUAAAACGAAUUGACAUAAGAAUUACAUUGAAA